ACAUUUAUGAGCAUUAAAGUGAGUUUACCUUUGCAAGAACCGAUAAUAUUCCAACACCGCCAGUGCAACUAUAAAACAGCAAUUUCUCUCCUAAUAUUAGGUAAAAUGCAUUACUAUGCCAUGCAGCGCUUUAUUCAAUUAAAUGUUAAAAUUCAAUUGUUUAAAACUGAACGAGUAUGAGUAAAUGUACCUAUGAGAGCAUAUAGCACAUAAAAUACAUACACAUGCAAUCUAAUAACAUUUCACAGCCAAGAGUGAUAUGUACAACAUUGAACUUUUUUUUUAAUGCAAUGAAAGUACCUCUUUCAUUAAAACUAAUUAUUUUGUGUAGUGUAGGACUCGGUUUUUUGUAAUAAAAUUUUGCCAGCAAGGCUUUCAUUGUGUUAAACGGGAUUUUAUAUAUGAAAAAAAAGGAGAAUAAAUGAAAAAAGUGUUGCUAUUCAUGGUGGAAAAGUGAAAAUAAACUGGUGGUAAUUUCCGCUAAAGUGGAUAAAAGUGUUGCAAAUUAAUUCAAUUAACACAUUAUUGAAUAAAGGAUUCAGAUAGCAUAAAUUAGACAUAUUGUUUAUGCCAACGGAAAGAACCAUUUUUGCGGAUAUGAAAUGGAGACGACUAAACAAGUGAGCUUCAAUAUGGGUUCCGCCGAUCCGGUUGAGGCUGUUACCGUUCAACCGACAUCCGAUACAAAGCGUAAAGUCAGCAUACAAUCAGAUCCGGUUUCAGAGGCUCGAUUGAGUUACGAUAAUUAUGGAUAUGAGGUGCAUCCGCGUCGGAAAAUAUCUCAGAAUUCAGACCAUGCUGAAAUGGGACCAACACGAAAGAAGAGUAUACUCGUCAACAACUCAAAUCAAGCGCAACACAACCCGCCAGCAGAUUCUGAAUCGUUGAAAAGCCAUCAAUCGUAUAACGACCGACUGAAUGGCGAUGCACAUACUCGAAACUAUUUAAACCAGCAUUUGAAGCAACCGAAACCGAAAGAAAAUCUGGAACAAUCGUGGAUUUUUGCAUUGUGUAUGAGAUGUCGCGUUGAAUAUAACACACCAUCAUGGGAACCACCGUAUUGGCAGAAAGUGUGUCCGUACCCGUUAUGUCCAUCGUAUCGGCAAUUCGCCAAUAUUUUAUCAAUAAUCUUAAUAGGCCUUUUAACAUGGGUAACUGCAUAUGUGAUAAUAGGUGACAGUGCUGCACCGGGUGGUCAAUUAUUUGGAUUAGUGGUAUUAACAGUUGCGGCCAAUUUCGGUGGGUGGCUCAUUUCACUGACUACUCUGCCUCGAUUAAUUGGCAUGUUGCUCGUCGGCAUACUGUUUCAGAACGUUGGAUGGGUCGAUUUGGAUGGGGAAUUCAGUCAUGUCACAUCAGAAUUACGCAAAAUGUCACUGACAAUCAUAUUAAUUCGAGCCGGCCUUGAAAUGGAUCCAGAAGCUUUCAAAAAGGUUUACAUCACCAUACUCAAAUUGGGUUUGGUGCCAUGGACUGUUGAAGCAACAGUCGUUGCGGUGAUGUCACACUUCUUAUUUGAUUUUCCUUGGAUUUGGGCUUGGGCAUUAGGUGCGAUUAUUGCUGCUGUUUCGCCGGCAGUUGUAGUACCGUGCCUGUUUCGGUUGCGAACGAAAGGCUAUGGUGUCGCAAAAGGCAUACCAACUUGUAUUGUUGCUGUAGCUGGUAUUGAUGAUGCUGCAUCCGUUGCUAUUUUCGGAAUCAUUGCUAGCAUUAUGUUUUCAACAGGAAGUAUGGCAUAUCAAAUUGCACAAGCUCCAGUCUGUGUCAUUGGUGGAUUGGCAUUCGGCGUUAUAUGGGGAAAUCUAUCGAGAGUUGUUCCAGAGAAAGGCGAUGCAUACGCAGUGCCCAUUAGAACACUACUACUAUUGGGCGGUGGAGCGCUAGCAAUAUUUGGUAGCGAAAAAAUUGGCUUUGAAGGUGCCGGUCCGCUGGGAGUUGUUUUUGCAGCUUUCGUCAGUAAUUAUUACUGGUGUCAACAAGGAUGGGAAAUAGAAGACAAUCCCGUUGCCACUGCAUUUGAAAUAUUUUGGAUGAUCUUCGAACCAAUUCUUUUCGGAAUAACUGGAGCCGCUGUAAAGAUAAACGAACUAGAUUCGCACAUAGUGUCAUAUGGUGUCGCCAUAUUAACGGCCGGUGGAGUAAUUCGAAUAUUAUCAACGGUUGCGAUUGCCGUUGGCGAUAAAUUGAAUCUUAAAGAGAAGGUGUUCGUAUCAUUGUCCUGGAUGGCCAAAGCAACGGUUCAAGCGGCUCUGGGACCGGUUUGCUUACGGCGUUUAGCUGAAAAGCCAAACACAACACCAGAAGAAACAAAAUACGCGGAGAUCGUUCUGAUGAUCUGCAUUUUGAGUAUUGUGGUCACAGCCCCUAUCGGUGCCAUUUUGAUUUCUAUAACGGGAACAAAACUUCUUACGAAAACUAAGCCAUUGCAUGUGGUUGAAGGCUGGCGACGCAGUCAUCGUCCGUCACUGUACGACAUCAGUAUUAUAGACGAAGAGGAAGAUCGAAGCAAGGAUCCGGAACUACAGACCGAUGAGAAAACGUUGGCAAAUACUAGUACAAAUCAGGGUCGGCCUCUACCGAUAUACACCGUAACAAAGUGUUAGGCGGCAAUAAAAUAUCGCAAAAAAAGAUUAAAAACGAGCGACAAGCGAAUAAAUAAGAACUGAACAAAAGCAUAAUUAUUGAUAUGAUGAUAAAUAGAGUAUCAUAGAUUGUCCCAAAGAGAAAUACCGAUGAAAUUGGCUACAUCGCAUAAAACUGUUAUUACGAUGAGGAAGAAAAAAAAACAGAAAAAAAGAGAACCAAAAUGAAUUGUUAUAUAUAUAUUUCCAUGUUUUAAUAGUGAUUACGUGUUGAAUUUAAGUUAGAUUAAUAUGCACACACA